AUGCUCAGCCUGGAAUCAUCCCUGUCAUCCCUAGUCCAAGUACGUUGUAGCGACCGCAGCGAGGUGGCGGGAGCUCCCGCCUUUAGAGUGUGCCCACGCUGCGCCAGCGUCAUCGAGUAUGAGAGCCAAUGCAAACACAUGACCUGCAGGUGCGGACACUCUUUCUGCUGGCUUUGCACAAAGGAUGCGGGCCAGCAUGCAGCGUCAGGCGACCUUGACUGGAACAUCAACUUUUCCUGCCCCAUCGCACCCGUGCAGAGCGAGGAAGAGAUUCGGCAGAUUCUGAGCAGGCAGCGAUGA